GGCGGGCGGAUGCCCGCCGGCUUCCCCGCGGAGCGCUUCGAGCGCCGCCUGUCGCUGGCCGCGCUGCGGGUGCCCUGCCAGGACAUCGCGAAGGUGAACAAGCACCCGGCGCUGAAGGACGUGCUCUUCAAGCGGAGGGGGGUCAAGAACGUCGUCGAGGACCCCGGGGGCGACGCGGGCAGGCGACUGGUCCUGCUCUGCGAGGCGGUCCGUCCGGGGUGCCUGGAGCGGACGCUCCCCGCGGAGGCCUGGGCCGCGGUGCAGGGCAUGCUGGACUCGGGGCGGGCGCAGAGCGCCACGCACGACGUGGUGGUGAGCUACGAGCACCUGUCGGCCGAGGAGGCUCUGGCCUGUGUGCUUCCAACGGCGUUGAGGUGCCCACCAGUUUCGAGACCGUGGGCCAGAUCGCCCACUUCAACCUGCGGGCUGCGCACGAGCCUUUCAAGGAGUUUAUCGGCCGCGUGGUCUUGGACAAAAACAGGAGCCUCCGCACGGUGGUUAACAAGGUGGGCGAGCUCUCCAACGAGUUCCGCACUUUCAAGAUGGAGGUCCUGGCGGGCGAGCCCAGCUUCCUCACCUCAGUGAAGGAGCAGGGCAUGUCCUUCGACCUGGACUACAGCGAGGUGUAUUGGAACUCGCGCCUCAGCCAGGAGCGUCAGCGGGUCCUCCAGCAGCUGUCCUCGGGACAGAUCGUCCUGGACAUGUUUGCCGGCAUCGGGGCGAUGUCCUGCUUCGCUGCGAGCGCCGGCUGCAGGGUCUACUGCAACGACCUCAACCCUCAGGGCGCGCACUGGCAGCGGCACAACGUCCGAAGAAACCAGCUGGAGCCGUGGGUCGAGGUGCACAACCUGGACGCGCGCGAGUUCGUGCGGAACGUCGCGAGCGCGGCGGGCUUGUUCAGCUCGGCGCGCACUACGGCGGUGCAUGCCAUCAUGAACCUCCCCGAGCUGGCGCUGGACUUCAUGGACGUCUUCAGCGGAAUCUGUCCCGAAGAUCAAACACCCGGCCCUACCCAUAUUCAUUGUUACUGUUUUGCGCGUAAGGAUCCUCCCCACGAGGAGAUUUGUCCCCGCGUGGAGGCAGCGUUGGGCGCUCUGCCCCCCGGCAUCAAAGUGGUGAACGUCCGCGACGUUGCCCCCAACAAGAUCAUGUACUGUGUGGAAUUCGAGGUUCCCCUGGACACUCUUCGUGGCCCGCCGAGCAAGCGUAGGAAAGUGGCCGAUUGA